CAAUUCAACUUCCCUCUUCCUCAUUUUCCGGAACUGUCAACACUCCGUAUUCGUUUUGGGGUUUAUCAUGUUUACAUCUUAGCGGAAGUGAAGAAGUGUAAACAUCACUGCUACUGGUACAUUUGUAAAUCAGUUUGGUGUCGCCACAUUAGUGCACGCUCAAAAAGGACGCACCAUGGCUCAAGGAUUUGUGCCUGGGUCAGCCGUGAACCCUUCCACCCAAGUAGAAAUAAGUGUGUCAUGCAGAAAUCUUCAGGACAAAGAUACAUUCUCCAAAUCCGACCCUAUGUGUGUAUUAUUCACCAAGGAUGUGAGAUCUGGGUCUUAUCAUGAGUUUGGUAGAACAGAGAUGAUAAAGGACACACUAAAUCCUGACUUUGUAACCAAGUUUGUGAUGAGUUAUUUCUUUGAAGAAAGCCAGAAACUAAAAUUUGAAGUAUAUGAUGUAGACUCUCCUAAGCAAGCUCUUUCAUCUCAUGAUUUCCUGGGAAGACUGGAAUGUACUCUUGGUGAAAUAGUAGGGGGUUCUAGUGGGAGAAUGGAUGCCAAGCUUCAGGGUGCCAGUGGAAAAGGACAGAUUAUUGUAAGAGCCGAGGAAAUGAGCUCUUCUAAGGAACUCCUCACUCUUCACUUUAGUGGGACCAAAUUAGAUAAAAAAGAUUUCCUAGGAAAAUCUGAUCCUUUCCUGAUCUUCUAUAAAGCUAAUGAAGAUAACAGUUUUACAGCAGUCCACAAGACAGAGGUGAUAAAAAAUACGCUCAACCCAACGUGGCGACCAUUCCAGAUAGCAGCCGCAAAAUUGUGCAGUGGAGAUUAUGAUAGGACUGUGAAAAUAGAAUGUUAUGACUGGGACAGUGAUGGAAGCAGCCAUGAUUUUAUUGGAGACUGCACUACCAAUGUCAGGGAACUAACAGAAAAACCAAACCUAAGCUUUGAGCUGAUAAAUCAAAAGAAAAGAGCUAAGAAGAAGAGCUACAAAAAUUCAGGACAGCUUCACUUACUCAGUGUCAAAAAAGAAAUAAAACCAUCAUUUUUGGAUUAUUUGAAAGGCGGUACACAGCUGAAUUUCACAGUAGCAAUAGACUUUACUGGAUCCAAUGGAAACCCUUCCUCCCCCAACUCAUUGCAUUACAUCAACCCCUACCAGCCCAACCAGUAUAUAGCGGCCAUUCAGGCAGUAGGGGAGAUUAUUCAGGACUACGAUAGUGACAAGCUCUUUCCGGUGUUGGGAUUUGGAGCAAAGUUACCUGAUGGUUCUGUGUCACAUGAAUUUCCUGUGACGUUUAAUGCUGCCAAUCCCUAUGUUCAAGGAAUCUCGGGUAUUUUAGACGCUUACCAGAAUGCUAUCAGAAGAGUGCAACUUUAUGGUCCUACAAAUUUCUCACCUGUAAUAAAUCAUGUAUCACGGUUUGCGUCCUCUAUAAGAGAUGGCACCAACUACUUUGUGCUGCUAAUUCUGACAGAUGGAGAAAUCACAGAUACAAGGAACACCAUUGAUGCCAUAGUCAAUGCAUCUCACUUGCCUCUGUCAAUCAUCAUUGUUGGUGUUGGAAAUGCCGAUUUUACAGCAAUGAACAUACUAGAUGCGGAUGAAAAGAGACUGUGUUCAAAUGGAAAAUAUGCUGCUAGAGAUAUUGUGCAGUUUGUGCCCUUCCGGGAUUUCAUGGGGGGACAGUAUGGAGGCAAUGCUCAGAUCUCACAGGCGGCUCUUGCCAAAGAGGUCCUCGCUGAAAUACCUGACCAAGUGGUACAGUACAUGCUAGCCAAUAAGAUUGCCCCCAAACCACCCAGACCAGAUGUUCUUCUACCUGGGCAGAGUCAAGCCCCACAAAACCCACCACCCCGACAAAACCCACCUCCCGGACAAAACCCACCACCCCCGCAAAAUCAGGGACCUAUGCCAUCCUGGGCUAGCCCCCCUCCUGGAGCCCCCAGUGCCCCUCCUCCAGCUGGAGGGGGUUCUUGUCCGUAUCCUCAAAAAGGACCAUGGUAAACAUUAGACAUUUAUUGGUGCAUAUCAUUUUCUUUCGCAAUAUUGUUGUCAGUGAAAUGUGCUGCCUUUUUGAGGAUUUGUUCUUCAACUUUAGGUGUUUUUUAUGAUGCAAGACUAAAGGGUACUGAUUUAUAUGACUAGUAAUUAUGUAUCAAAUGUUUUUUUAUUGAUAGUCUUUUUUUAAUGAAAAAAGGGUCCUUCUAAGCAUUUUUUUCAUGAAUGUGUGAAUGUAUAAAGACAAGAUAAAUACGUGUCUGAAAAUAUAAUAAAUCUUUGAUUGAUAAUAGGAUUUGAAAUGUAUCGCACAUAAUGUGAUUUAAGUUCCAAAGAACUGAAGGGUUAACACUGCACCUCUAGUUGAAUUUACCUGUACCGUAAAUGAUAUCCUAUAACAAAAUUUAUGAGGUGACAUUUUCUAAAAAUAUUUUUGCUUGUAUUUAUUUUUAAACAAAAAUUUAAAAUUUCUUGAAAGUUCAAAAUUGAGAAAAACUGAAAUGUUCCAAAAAAGAGAAAAUUGUGGAAAUAAAAGGUACAGAAGUUCAGAUGAUUUUAAUAAAUUCACAAUACAACUGAAGGUAAUGUUUUUAUUAUGGCAUAAUAUUUUUUUUCCUAUGAAAACACAUUGAGUGUCAGGGAGGUAUUUCAGUCGAAGAUUAUGAUUUAAAUCAUAAUAUAGCGGAGAGUUUUUGACUUUGUUAUUCAUAUAAGAUUGAUGCUCAUUGUUCAGUUUAUCCCUGAAUUGACUAUAGCUUCAGUGUAACGUGUUAUACAAAUUUACAUGUGUAUUUACAAUUAGAUUAUUUUCUACUAUUUUCCUGUUUUUACUGUUAGUUAUCAUUUUCUUUUUGUUAAGCUUGCAUAUCAUAAUGUUCAACGGUAAUUAAUAAUAUGUAAAUAUUCAUUAUUUAUACAUUGUAAAUUGUAAAUCAUGUACAAUGCACUGAUAUGUGAUCCUGAGAUAAAACGUGUUCUGAAUUAUU